GUCUGGUAAGCUGGAUCCAGAUGAGGACGUUCAGGUGCAGGUAACUUUCGAGGCUGCUGGUGACGAAGACUACGACUCGAAGAUUGCGAUUUGGGUGGAUGGCGUGCAGGGGGAGCCAAUGUCCUCCUUUGAAACUGGCCAAGAGCUGGCAG